UGCGUCAAGUUGACGGAUACAUGAUGCAUGACGUCGUGAUUAUUUUUUAAUUUUAUAUCUGUGAAGAGUAAAAAAUCUUUAAAAAAAUCUGGAGGUCAAAAAUAAAACGUGUUUUUUAAAAAUAAAUACGAAAGUAAACAAUUUGUUUUAUAUGUUUAUAUGCAAGAGGAAUUUCACCUUUCAAGAGUUACUUAGUUUGGGUUACUGCUCCUGUCCAUUCUGCUAGAAAUUGUUCCACUUUCAAAUCACUUGCGCAAAAUGGAUAGCAAAUAUCGGCGUAAUGGUCGAUUGAUAGACAUAGUAGAUGAAGAGUGGAAAGCCGAAAAGUUGCCUGACGAAGAUAUCCAGGUGCCACUUGAAGAGUUACCCGACCCUGAGGCCGACAGCGCUGAUUCCCACUUGACGCUAAAAGAGCAGAGCAUGCGCUGGCAGGAGAACUUUCCAGAACCAGCGAGCAAAACAGAGAAAAUUGCCAAAAAGACCCACGGAGCAUUAACUAUAUUGAAACAAUUUGGAAUCCAUGAGUGUGACCAUAAAGAACCUGUCUCUGGCUCCCAGUGUAUCUUGUCUAUGGUUGGUAAGAAAAAUGACAAACACUACAUACUGGCGACGCAGGAUAGAGAUUUGCAAGAGAAAAUGAGAUUAAAACCUGGCGUGCCACUACUUUAUUUACAUAACAAGUCGCCUACCCUCGAAAAACCUUCGCCAGCUAGUUAUAGCAAAGCUGGUCAAACAUUAGAAGCAAAUCCAUUCAUGUUUAUAAGCCAAACCCAAAAUGAAUCAUUAAAGAAUAUGAAAAAAACACUUGGAGUUGAAGAAAAAGAGGAAGUCAGUAAAGUAGUUAUUAAAAAGAAGAAGCUUAAAAAUCCAAACCCUUUGUCUUGUAAGAAGAAAAAGAAAAAACCAGGAAAGAAACAAGAUGAGAAAAAAGAUAAAGUUAUUGAGGGUAGAGUGAAGAAAAGGAAAAAAUCGAAACAUAAAAGUGGUUUAUCUCAAUCUUCUAUUCAACAAUAAAUUUUGUAACAUAAA